CCGUGAUAUCCCCGCGCAGAACCCGCCGAGCAGGUGCUGGUGGCAGCAGCAGCACCUCUGCGCCAAAGGUUCUUAAUGCCACCGGAUAACAUGAACUAAGUAAGGAGGCGACUGUGCGGCUCCAUUAAAGGAGGAAAUCGGUUGAAACUGGGAACCUUUGUGGAGAAGGAGUCAACGCAUCACUUCUAGGCAAAAAGCAGAUAAAUAAGAAAAGCGUGUCAUCGCUUCAACGACCGGCCGAGUCGAUAAGGAUCUCAUCCCCGCUGCUCCUCCUUGGCUUUGCUCAUUAACUGUUUUCACUUGUUGCCAACAUGCGUCCUUCCCUCGCCACGGCGGUCCUACCGCCCAGGACCCGUUCCCACAAUCCACCCAACCUGUCCGUUGGGAGCCGCGAACACCUGUCGGCCCCGCGAAGGCGCAGCCCCCACCUCCGGCACACCCUCAGCCCGGAGAACCUGCGGACCCUGGCGGAGAGGGGCGGGGCUGCCGUUGAUACCGUCUCCGAGGUUAGCAGCCCCAUCGGGCUUCCGCGGGCAAACAGCGACACUGACCUGGUGACCUCCCAGAGCCGGUCCUCGCUGACAGCGUCCACUCUGGAGUACACGCUGAACCGUGGCCAGAACCUCGUCAUAUCCUGGGACAUCAAGGAGGAAGUGGAUGCUACAGAUUGGAUCGGGCUGUACCACAUUGAUGAAACCAGUCCAUCCAAUGUGUGGGACUGUAAGAACAGAGGGGUGAAUGGCACCCAGAAGGGUCAGAUAGUGUGGAGGCUGGAGCCUGGGCCCUACUUUAUGGAGCCUGAGACAAAGAUCUGUUUCAAGUACUACCAUGGAGUGAGCGGAGCCCUGAGAGCCACAACCCCGUGCAUCACUGUGAAGAACCCGGCAGUCCUGGUGGAAGGGCUGGCCGAGCAGGUCGGAGUCGAGCAUCCUCGAAAACUGAUCAGCUUCACUUUGACGGAUCUGCGCGCCACUGGCUUGAAGAAGGGCAUGUUUUUUAAUCCUGACCCGUACCUGAAGAUGUCCAUCCACCCAGGGAAGAGGAGUGUUUUCCCUGUCUUUAGCCAUCACGGGCAGGAACGCCGAUCGGCCAUCAUUGCUAACACCACCAACCCCGUGUGGCACGGAGAGAAAUACACAUUCGUGGCCCUGAUGACGGACAUCCUCUACAUCGAGGUGAAGGACAAGUUUGCCAAAAGCCGGCCGAUCAUCAAACGCUUCCUUGGUCAGCUUACGAUCCCCGUGCAGCGGCUCAUUGAAAAAAUACCGGGAGUCCAGCCUAUCAGUUUCUCCCUGUGUCGACGCUUGCCCACUGAACAUGUUAGCGGACAGCUGCAGUUCAAAGUUGAGCUCACCUCGACAGGGCCGGAUGGUGCCUCUCCUGACUCCAUCAUCGGUGUUUCAUCCUUGAAUGGAGCUCCAGGAACUCCUUCUGAUGAUGAGGACCUGCCCCAUCACCUUCCAGGCAUGGUCUCAGCAGGCCCCUCUCCUACAGGCUCCCAGGGCUCCCAGGGCAUGGGGGAAGGUGGCGCCACAGCCUGUCUGGAAAAGGAGCUGCCUCUCAUUGGAGCAGAGGGCAGAUUUGUGGAACCUGAAAGUGUUUCAGGUCAUGAAAUGCUCCAGGGAUCAUUCAGUGAGGGUCUGGAUGCUAUUGAGGCCCCUAAAAAACCCGGUGAAAGACCCCUGGGUGCUGCCUCGCCUAAACUGCGCUCUAGUUUCCCCACACACACAAGGUUGAGCGCCAUGCUGCACAUCGAUUCAGACGAGGACGAAGAAAGAUCAGGAGCCAAUGACAUCACUCCAGUACCGCUGUCACCUCUGCUAAUGAACGGAGAGCCUCCGGAUGCUCGCGGACCCAAUGAAGACGACCCGUUUCCCGAGGUGCAGGAACAGGAGCCUGAGCAGCUGGGGGUGUCGGUGUUAGAGGCGGGACCAAUGGGUGCAGGUGCUAAGGUAGAAGACGCACCUCCUGAAGGCGAGGCGGCCCUAGAGGCUGCUGGUGGCCUGGACUUAGAGGACAUUUUGGAACAGGACGUUUUCCUUGAAGUGAACGAGGUUCCAUUCACAGAGACUGCAUCCCAUGAUGCUUUGCCAGAAAGUGGAGACAUUUCUGAGCAAGGAAGGGUGGCUGGCGAGGAGCCUGUAUCAGAGAUUGAUACCUGCUCAAUGGCAACAGCCCCGCAGACGGUCUUCUCGUCUUCAGAGAGCUGUCCAAUCACAUUGACCACCGCUGUGGAAGCGGAGGAGGGAGCAGAGACCGCCAUAGAUCCAGGGGGAGACAUAGACUCCGGCGUCCCGCCUAUCUGUCAAGCUGUAGAUGACGAAGGGGGUGGGCAAGCUGCUGUCACUGAAGCCGAAGCACCGCCGUCACUGCCCAGCGAGCGAGAGGUGGAGGUGGAGGAGAUCGGCGUGAGGAGGCUGAGCCUGCAGGCUGCAGGGGGCGUGGCUGAACAACAGGAAGGAGAGACAAAGCCGUGUGAGGAGGCGGGGUCUGCGGAUUCAGAACAAGUUACCACAGAAACAGAAGGAGAGGAAGGUGCCCACGUUAAUGGACAUCCUGUGCGUUCACUUCCUUCUGUGCGUCACGACAUCCACCGAUACCAACGUGUGGACGAGCCUCUGCCUCCCAACUGGGAGGCUCGGAUCGACAGCCACGGGAGGAUUUUCUUUGUGGACCACGUCAACAGGACCACCACAUGGCAGCGGCCCACCGGACCUCCUGCCCCGCAGGGCCUGACUCGCUCCAACUCCAUUCAACAGAUGGAGCAGCUGAACCGCAGAUAUCAGAGCAUCAGGAGGACCAUCACCAACAGCGAUCGGUCAGAGGAAAGCUCCGUCGACCUGCUUCCUGAACCGGAAAGCGAACUGAUGCCGCACUCCAUUUCUGAAUAUCGACGAGAAAGCGCCGUCUCUCACUCCAGCGGCCGCUCGCGUCUCUCCCUGCUGCUCCAGUCGCCCAGCGCCAAGUUCCUGUGCAGCCCCGACUUCUUCACCGUGCUGCAUUCAAACCCUAGUGCCUACCGCAUGUUUACGAGCAACACCUGUCUGAAGCACAUGAUCAGCAAGGUGCGUCGAGACGCUCAUUACUUUGAGCGCUACCAGCACAACCGCGACCUCGUCACCUUCCUCAACAUGUUCUCCAAUAAGCAGCUGGAGCUCCCCCGGGGCUGGGAGAUGAAGCAUGACCACACUGGGAAGCCCUUCUUCGUGGAUCACAACUGUCGCUCCACGACCUUCAUCGACCCCCGGCUGCCCCUCCAGAGUUCUCGCUCCACCGGGCUGCUGGCCCACCGCCAGCAUCUGAGCCGCCAGCGCAGCCACAGCGCCGGGGAGGUGGUGGAUGACUCUCGCCAAACCAACCCACCUGUCCUGCCCCGCCCCUCCAGCACCUUCAGCGGCUCCAGUCGGAGUCAGUACCAUGACGUGGUGCCUGUAGCCUACAAUGACAAGAUAGUGGCGUUUCUACGGCAACCCAAUAUAUUUGAGAUCCUGCAGGAAAGGCAGCCUGAGCUCGCCAGGAACCACUCGCUCAAGGAGAAGGUGCAGUUUAUUCGCAGUGAGGGAGUCAACGGGUUGGCUCGCCUUUCCAGCGACGCCGACCUCGUCAUGCUGCUGAGCUUAUUUGAGGAGGAGGUGAUGUCAUAUGUACCGCCAUUACUCCACCCAGGUUACUGCCUCUCCUCUCCACAGAGCUCCCCCGGUACCCAGCGAGCCAACGCCCGAGCCCCGGCUCCCUAUAAGCGAGAUUUUGAGGCCAAACUGAGGAACUUCUACAGAAAGCUGGAGACAAAGGGUUAUGGACAGGGACCGGGGAAAGUCAAGCUCAUCAUACGCAGAGACCACCUUCUGGAGGACGCCUUUAACCAGAUCAUGUGCUACUCCCGCAAAGACCUGCAGAGGAGCAAACUCUACGUUAGCUUUGUAGGCGAGGACGGGCUGGACUACAGCGGGCCCUCCAGAGAGUUUUUCUUCUUGGUAUCUCGAGAGCUGUUCAACCCGUACUAUGGGCUGUUUGAAUAUUCAGCUAAUGACACGUACACUGUCCAGAUCAGCCCCAUGUCUGCCUUUGUAGACAACCAUCACGAAUGGUUUCGCUUCAGCGGGCGCAUCCUGGGGCUGGCCCUUGUUCAUCAGUACCUGCUGGAUGCCUUUUUUACCCGUCCUUUCUACAAGGGGCUUCUUCGCAUCCCGUGUGACCUGAGUGACCUGGAGUUCCUGGAUGAGGAGUUCCACCAGAGCCUGCAGUGGAUGAAGGACAAUGACAUCGAAGACAUGCUGGACCUCACCUUCACCGUCAAUGAGGAGGUCUUCGGACAGAUCACAGAGAGAGAGCUGAAGCCAGGCGGGGCUGGCAUCCCUGUGUCAGAGAAGAACAAGAAGGAGUACAUCGAGCGAAUGGUCAAAUGGCGCAUCGAGAGGGGUGUGGCCCAGCAGACGGAGAGCCUGGUGCGAGGGUUCUACGAGGUGGUGGAUGUGCGGCUGGUGUCUGUGUUUGAUGCCAGGGAGCUGGAGCUGGUGAUUGCAGGCACCGCAGAGAUCGACCUGGCAGACUGGAGGAACAACACCGAGUACAGAGGAGGUUACCAUGACAACCACAUAGUGAUUCGCUGGUUCUGGGCGGCCGUGGAGAGAUUCAACAACGAGCAGAGGCUGAGGCUGCUGCAGUUUGUGACGGGCACCUCCAGCAUUCCCUACGAGGGUUUUGCCUCACUGCGAGGGAGUAACGGACCCCGCCGAUUCUGUGUGGAGAAGUGGGGGAAAAUCACCUCCUUACCCAGGGCUCACACUUGCUUUAAUCGUCUGGACCUCCCCCCCUACCCGUCCUUCUCCAUGCUGUACGAGAAGCUGGUAACCGCUGUCGAGGAAACGAGCACAUUCGGCUUGGAGUAACCUCAAAUCGGCCGACACCCAGGAGAGAGAACCAUCUGGAAAUCUGUGUUCCUCACUUUGGAGAGGCAUUAAAAAUAAAACUAAUAUCCUCAAAAGGCAACUAACCCCCCCUUCCCUCCCCCUCCGUGGAUGACGCUGCUGUUUUUUCCGACUGGCUUUACAUCACUCAGCACGCCGGCUUCGUUCUGAUUCUCCGCCUCUGACGGCUUCGGGAGGAGAGAAUCGGAGGACGGUUUGAAAAGCUGUACAGUACAAUUUCUCGUUUUCAUGGUAACCUUUGUUCACUGAGCCACAUGUGUGCUUUAUCUCUUUAGUCAAUGGCCUUGGUUACUGGAUUUCUAGCACCUCCCUUCCUCCUCCUCCUCCUCCUCCUCCUCCUCCUCCUCCUUGACAGCUGCUCCAAAACCCACCGAGCUCUUUUUCCCCCCCUCUGGACCUCAAAACUGUGUCCGUCCCGCUCCGGGGCUGCGGUGUUAUAAAGACACACACAUCCAUCACCUUUGCACAAACACACACUCAAACAUUGUCUUUGUAUUUUGAGUGCAAACCAGUGUUUCCCCUGAGAUUCUUCAUCACUGUGGGAAGAAGUGACAUUUUAGACUUUAAACCGGACGCUGGCUGCUUGCUUAAAGGAAGGGGAUACACUGCUGUGCACAGACACACACUGAUAACCCACCUGUUCUCACAGAUUUGAACCCUGGUGUUUCAUUGGUGACACGUUGCGGUAGUGACGGCAGGUUUGUGGUCGACACAGUUACCCUUCAUUUACUGCGACAUCACAGGUAAAACAAACAUGUGAGGCGUACACAACAAGGACAGCCAGUGUCACACAGAAACACACUCCAGUCCACAGAUACAUUUACACCUCAGCCACACAGAAAUGCAGGGUUCCUGUCUUACAACACAUCUCUCAUGAGCAAUAGAUGCACUUUCUGACAUAACACUCAAAGUCCUCCCCGGCCAGUGAAAGUGAUGAAUGUACCAAACCAGUGACUGAAUGUAUGAACCUCGAGCGGGAAGCGGAAGCUGGACAGAAGUGAGACUCGGGUUGUUUGAGGAACGAGGAUUAUAUAAAAACACAUAGAUGGGACGCUCGUGAGCUGCAUCUAUGGUGCCGCCAUCUCGCUCAGGGGGGGGCCGGCUGUGGCCUCUGACCUACUGAUACCUAAAGAAGCUGAACUGUGCUGCUGCUGUUUGAGGCUCUAAUGAAAGGAGUGCCAAAACUAGGUCACAGGUAGUAAUGUUUCCUGGGUCUGUAAACCUGUCGCCAUACUUUACAGAUACCAACCCUCAAACCAGUGACCUAAUUCAUCGAUUAAACCGACCGAGUGGGUCAUUUAUGCUUUUUUUUUUUUUUUUUUAAUGGCUUUAUCUGUGUUUAUCAUACCUGUACUGCUUCUUUUACCAGUGUUCUAGUGUUUUUAAUCAUUUUCACACAAAAAGGAGUCAACCAAACUCAUCUCUGUCAGUUGAGUUGUUUGCAUCACUGAGCUUUAAGCAUCUGCAGCAGGAUAUCCACGUCUGAUGCAGAGAUUAUGAGGGGAAAAUUACAAUCAAAUCAAAUCUGAUAGUGUUUAAAAAAACACCACUGAACCAAUUCCUGUAAAAAAAAAACAAACUGAAAACUUGUAGGAGAAUUUAUGGUAUCACAUAUAUAAAUAUCACAGUAAAUGGCCCCGCUCGGUUCAAGUGAGUCUUUAAGUGGCUGCACUGAUACCAAUCAGUGAAUGAGAAAAAUGUGAAACUUAUUUUUUCUGAGUUAUCUGAGUGUUAAAUAUGUUUCAUGGCAUUAACCGUUAAUUUGCAUAUAGACCUGAGCGGCAGCUGUAGAAACACGCAGAGCUGCACAGUUUUAGUCACAUAGACUUGUUUUGAGUGUAGAUAAAGUUAGAAGGCACUGAUGGAGCUGAGGAGACUCAUCUGCAGUCCGAAGGAUGGGACAGUAAAAUGGUCUAAAUGAUGGAAUAUUCCUUUUUCUGUUUUACAGCAGAACAUCACAAAGAAGCAGAUUCACAAUUCAAAUAUUCAUUUUAAACAUCAUGUACAACAAUUUUUACAGUUCCUGUCAAAAUAAUUGGAGGAGUUGUGGAUGAAAAUCCACAUUUUAAGGAAACCAAACUGCUUGAAAAUUGUUAAAAUUCAGUGAGUUACGAUUUUAAGUCUCGUGUAGAUAGACAUGCAUUAGGAGGUCCGACUCCCCCUGAGCAAUAUGGUGGCCACGUUGAUGCAUCGUUUCGGUGGACAGCAGUGACCAGUGCAGCAUCUGCAAGGAUUAUUAGUGGUGCCGGGAAGCACCUGUGGAAUUUUUGCAGUGCCUCUUGGGAGUGAAGUUUUAUUUCUUUGCAGAAAUGUGACGCGAUCCGAGCGUCUCACUGUGGGACCUGCAGUUAUUAAAAAUCAGAUGUCAACACUAGGGGGCAGCAUGGUCGCACUCAAAUCAAAGAACCAGUGGUCUAAUCCUCCCCUGGUCAGGUCACUGACCAGGGGAGCUGAUGAUGAUGAUGAUGAUGAUGGCCUUGUACUUUAGAACUUGUUGCAUACAGUCCAUGCCAGACAGCAGUUUUGUCUCUGAUGCAUGUGAUAACACAUUAGGUGCAGAGGACUCACACACAAACUCAUUUUCUACAGGGUGCAUGCAAGAUUACACCUACUGUACAGAGUCCCGUUGGAGUUAGACCACAGGGGCUGGAAUAGUUGUAGAGAUCCCCACGUGCGAUGCGACAUGUGUAGGCAAACUUUCGUACCCCGGCCCGGCCUUCCCACCCGCGCCCGUCACCCUCCCCACCCCAGCCCAAUAAUGCAUGCAGGAUCUUCCCGGUCAGCUCUGUGAGCUGGACCCGGCAGAAGCUCCUAGGUGGCGUUGUGUUAUAGCUCGAUAUUGCAUGCUGAAAUAGUGCAACACACUGUCCUUACUAGCUUUUUUUGCAUGAGGAUAUUGCUAUACAUUCAGACAAAGGGGUGAGGGAGCUGGUUAAAUUGUGUCACUCCGGUUGUGGCGCUCACCUGAGGCGCACGCCCUUAUGCUCACCUGACACUGUCAUACCUUCAGCUCAUGGGAACAAGGUGGAGGACAUUAGCUGCUUCAGGAAUGGAUGAUGCUGGUUGUUUGCUCUCUCCGUGGCGGUGGAACGGCGAGUAUCUUGGCAGCAUGUUUCUAAAACUUCACAUGUGCGUCUGCCUCUCUUAGUCACAGGCUGAUGGUUAUGGUUCAUUGCUGAACAGGUAAUGGAUCAAUAGGGCUGCUUUUGAUUUUGUGAGAGCACAUGUAUGUGUACCAUGUGUGCAGUCCUGUUUGUCUCUUUGUAUAUAAAUGUAUAUGUAUGUCUGUCCUGUUGUGUGUUUAAAUAUAUAUAUAUAUUUUGCACCGAAUGAACCAAAGGUUUGGGGCUUGCAAAGUCAACCAUUUGGCCUGCUCUCUAUUUCAGUCUAACCAUCACAUAUUCCCCCUCCCACACCGCCAUUUCUGGCUCACAGAGCAUCACCUCAUGUUUGCUUGAGGGGCAGAUUUGUGGCAUGAGCAGCGAUGCUCCACGUUAGGAUAUUCACCUUUUGGGUCACCGUGGUGAGGCUUUUCUGGUGCAGGUCAAGACUGCUGCACUGCUCGUCUUUCUUUGUACAUCUCUGACAGGACCCGGCUCCAGUUUUCAGAAUUCCACUCUAUGCAAAGCUCCUGUAUGUGUGUGUGUCCAUUUCACUCCAAUGAUUGUAAUAAAAGAGAACAAAUGGAAAUUUUUUAUGAAUGAAACACGACCCUUAUCUUUUACUACAGUUAUGUACCGGUUGAAAAUAUGUCAGUAACAAACAGUGUUAAUAGUGAGAAACACAGUACAUUGUGACUCUGGCCUCGCUUUGAUUGACCUCAGUCUCUGAAACACAAGG